CAAAGAUGCUGUUUUGCUUUGAGGUGGUGAACGGUAUUUCUUCGUAAAUUAUGUUAUUUAUCUCCUGAUCUCACCUCCUCUUGAAAUAUUACUAGAGGACACUUUAAGAGUAUCUAAAGUAUUUGAAAUUUAAUCGUAAAACUUGUGACAUGCAUGUCGUUGAGCACGGGAAGUAAUUGUUUCCCGGCAGUGUUUUGCUUUUUAUGUGACAAAGGUUAAAGCGUAUGGCGACUGGGCUGAGCCUGAAUUUGGAACCAGGUAAGAUCAUGCAGAGGACAUCAUUUAUUUAUUCGUAGUUCUUGCUUCUCUUUGGCUUGUAAGAUUUGUGUUUAAAAACAACCCGGUAUGAUCUUUGAGAGCGGCGUGCUAUUUGCAAAAUAUAUCUGUUUGAGUAGGUCGCUGCUUAUUGCUCAAGUUAUGUCUUCCCUGAAUAUUGACUUGGCUAAAAAUAUUUUUUCAUUUUCAAGCGAAAGGGACAAACUCAUAUAAAGUAACGCUGGCGAACUCCUCAGUUAAGCCGAAGACCAAACCAGUACCUUUGGAGGUAAACUGAAACACUUUUGCGGAAAAUUAGACGUUUUACGCUCAGCUCUUACGAUAUAAGCUUGUGGGCGCUCUUGUCGUAAUUCCGGGAAUGGCAUCUGAGACUAAAACGAAAUUUUACAAAAUUCAUUGGUAGCAAUAGCUAUCGCUAAGACCUAUUUAAAAUGCUGGUUACCAGUGAUGAACACUGCUUUGUCUAAAGCGUUUAACUUCAAAUGUACAGCGCUUUAUUCCAACUUCAACUGAGUUUGUAGCAAUCUUUAUGAAGUGCUUAUUCAAUCCUUCAAUCCCUUUUUUUUAAAGAUAAUUUGUUAUCAUUUUUUCAAUUUUUUGAAGAAUUUUCAAUAGCCUUUUAAGUGACUAAAGAAAAAUUUUUUCCAAUUUAAUUUGAUUCCACUCUAAAAUUUUCAGCUCAAUGGGUUGUUCCUAUUCCUUUCCACUUACCCUACCCCCUUAGGGGUAAGAGAUUAAUGAAGCCUGUCAACAAGGAUGUUACAUUAGGAGAUUUAGGCUGACAUAGAAAUAUUUCACCUGCUUGGCCAGCAGUCAGCUGACCAAACAUAGUUUUUUUCCAACUAGUUCAAAGUCUCAAUGCCUUUGAAUUUCAUUUGUAAGUACAUCAUGCAGUAACAGAAAGAAGUUGAAAAUUUCACCUAACCAUUAGAGCAGCAGCACAGUUUAUUUCAAGGGAAGUAGUGUUUUCAGAGUGAUUGUUGGGUCUCUCUGUCUCACUGAGAACUCUUCAGUCUACCAUGUCAUUUGUCCAGCAAUAUAACCAUGUGAUCUGCCAACAUCCCAAUGGUUUAUUACAGAAAGUGGGGUCUGUUGUUAAAAGUGCUUUGACAUUCAGCAUAUUAUUACUCUAACUUAAUUUUAUUGAGUUUGUUAUCAUUAUUGUUGGUAUAAUUUUAUCAUCAUUUGUUUUUAUUAUUUACUUAGUGUUCACACCAAAAGGUGAUAGCUAAAAUCAUUACCCCUUCGAACAUCAAGCUUUAGUUUGUACUAAAAGAGUAAAUAGUGUUAAAGGUGGGCUCUGAUUGGUUACUCAAACUCUAAUUCAUCCUCUGCUAUUCACCUCCAAGCUACUUACAUGGGAUUUUCACCCAAAAAAUUUGUAAUCAUUGUAGGUAUGAAUGAGUUGAAAUCAUAUUUUUGUGCUAUAUUAUCUCAUUAAAACAACCAUUCACUUCAGUGUCAGUGAAUAGAGAUGUGUAUUAACCUUACUGCUUUGUGGCUCAGUAAAUAUCCAUCACAAGCCACCUCCAUUUUGGUGAAUGGUUGUUUAAUAGCAUGAAGAAUGUUACUUAGCUCAUUAGCCCUCAUGCAAGAAGUUAACAACGAUUGCAACAUACUUGGAGUAUCAUACCAGCUUUUGGCUCAGUGUAAAUAUAAUUUCAAUAUCUAGACAACAUCUAUGUUUAAGCUAGAUAAAUGGAUAUCUCAGUUUUGUAACAUUUUUUCUUGGCCUCAUUCCUAACAAACUGGCAUGGAAAUGUUUGAGGUAUUAAUUUGAAUUUAUACCAAAAGGAUAGUGAAAAACAUGAUUUGAACAGUUCCUAAUAGAAAUGUCUUUUAAAGAUGGAGCUGAUUAAUGCAUUUUUGUAUCCGUGCCUUGACAUUUUCAGAUGUCUCGAACACAGUCCUUCACAUCGACUGACAAAGAAAAGAAUCCUCCCACCCCACGUUCCAAGAUUGGACAUCGCAGGGUGGAUGAAACAGGAGAAACCACAUACAAAAAGGUAAGUGAGAAAACAUUAAUUCUUGGGUCUGAAAGCUUUUAAUCAAGGACAUGAAAAAUUAAUCUUAGUUAAGGUUUCAAUAAUAAGUGCAGAAAAAGUGGUAUACAUGCUGAUGCAUUUGUACUUUCUUGCAUGAAUUAUAUGUACCACUUCAAAAAAUAUUAAGUCAUUACAAUUUAUUUGAUGAUCUCUCUGAAAUAGGAAUUAUUGUUCAAGAUAAAUGAAACUUGUCUGAAAAAUUUUACUAACCCAUGUUUUUGAACUAUGUAUUAGACUCCCUCAUCAGCGCUUAUGGCAGCCAUUCAACUUGGGAUUGGAUUCACUGUGAGUUCCUUGUCAAACAUUCUUGUGUAUAACAGCUGUCAAUAGCACACCUUCUGUGUUUUAAGAUUCUGAACAGUGUAUAUGUCUUUCAGGUUGGAAGACUAUCAGCUAAACCAGAGCGAGAUGUGUUGAUGCAAGAUUUUGCAGAAGUAGAAACUGUUAUAUUUCCAAGGUAGAUUCCCCUGAUUGAUAGACAUAGGAAACCUAUACUAGAACUAAAUUUAUGCAUUGGGACUUUCUAAAGGGAUUUUGAUGGCACAUAGCAGUCAUUUCAUAAAUGUGUGUAGGGUUUUGGCCUAGUGUUUAGUAACAUGUUAGUUUAUCAGGUUUGUUUACCUAAGCACUACUGGGAAUUUACUCUAUGAAGUAAUGGUUUUUUUUUGUUUUUUUUUACAGUGAAGGAUCAAGAGAGACCCCAUCCCAUCGGUUUAGUGAUUUUAAAUUCAAAUCAUACUCUCCAGUUGCUUUUAGGUAUGUUUAUGCUCUUUGCACUCAUUUGAUAUAAAAGGUCUCAGGUUAUUGUUUUGAGAUGUUACUAAUGUACAGUGUAUGAAAAUUCAAAUAAAACUAUUUUAGUGAUAAAGCUUUGAAAAGAAUAAUUGUACUGAGACUACUGUAGAUUCAAAAGAAUAUUCCCAGAUUGCUUAAAUAUUGCAUUCUUUCAUAUUUAUUCCAUAGAUAUUUUCGGGAUUUGUUUUUGAUGAACCCUGCUGAAUUUAUGGUAAGAGGAAGAGCCUUUUUGGCUCCUUCAAAUGAUUCUUAUUUUUCUUAGAAAAGUAACAUCACAUAUACUUAUAUAAGGAAAUUAUCUUGUAUAUAACUACUGAUUCUUAAAUAUUGAGACUACUGAGCUUAUGCAUAGAUACACUGUACUUGAGCAUAGCCCCAAAAAGUCCUUUUUUUAAAGUUUCAUUUAACCAUUAUCUGUAAAUUUUUCUCAAUACUCUUUUCUUUGAUUUGAAUACUGUGAAUAAACACAACCUCAAAAAGCCAAGGUUGGCUUAGUUUGUUAAGCAUCCUACACAAGGAAAAGUUAAAGAAACUUAUAAAUCCUACAACCUGAUCUUAACAAGUGGAGUUAGAAUUUUAAUCAUAUACCUCUUACAGUUCAGAUGAUCCUAACAUUUUUUUUUUCUAGUAAGGCAGUCUUAGUCGUUAAUACAGAGAUCACCUUCUAAAGAAGAAUUUAGACAGGGCACUGCAUAAUACAACAUAAGACAAUGUGACAUCCUGUAAAUCCUUUAAAUUAGCAUUGCCCUUGACUAAGUACCACUGGCCAAAAUUCAAAGUAUUUGUUCCCUUCCUUCCCCCCACUUUGUUUCAACAGAUCAGUGACAAUGUUCACCAAAAUUGUUACAUACAUAGCUGCAGUAUACAAUUGUUUCACUGAUACUGUAGUUUUAUUGUUAUUUUUAUCAUUGUUAUUACUAUUAUUACUAUUAUCAUCAUUAGUGAACUCCUUAGCCCUAGAAAAUAAUGAACUGUUCAAUACCAACAUACCAACUGAUCCCUAAGUAAAAUCUGUAGAACCGGCCUUGUAUUUAUAUGCACAAUUUUUUUGUUGUUGUUUGCAUGUAGAUGUUAUUUAAUUAUCAAAACAAUCAUUACUGGUCAAAAUUUGAGAAAAAUAAAAUCAGGACCUCCUUUUGACUUGGUCUUUUUUUAAUAUAUUAAAUUAAAACUUUUUUACUUUAACUUGACUUACCUUUGCAACCAGAAUUAGUACAGCCUGAAACAUUACACUAGUUAUGGUUUAAUAUGUUAUUUUCAUUCCUCAUGAUCUGUUAUUGUAUUUUUUUGAAUAUCCAAGUCAUUCAUGUUUUUGGUUAAAAAGAAAAAUAAAAAAAUUAUUUUUUUACUUAGGAUCUUGUCUAGAAAGCAAAGUUUUUUUUUUAAAAAAAUCUGACUGAUUGACAUGAUGAGUCUUUACAGUGUUGUUGUCACACAAUAAAUCUCAAUCGCAUCUGAAGCUUCUAUAGUCAUUGGUGAUGUUUGCCUUGCUUUAUUCACCAUGAGAUCCAUAGAAAUUUUGUAGGAAGAAAACAAAAUUGUUUUUCUACUGAAUAUCUUUUACUUUUCUAUGUCUCUCUUCUGAUAAGCUGUAUUGGAUUGAAGACCAACUCGCCAACAUCUGUACUUGAUUUUAUAUGUCGGCGAGUUGGCAUUGGCAAGUUGAACCAUCAACAACUUGACGGAAAUUCUUCCAGCUUGUUUCUUGCAGUACUUCUAACCACAACCCUUUAACUCCCUGAAGUUAUCAAUAUGAAAACUUCUCCCUAUAAUAUCCUUACAUUAUCCAGCAAACAGGUAAUGAGAAUAUUCAAAGUUAUCAGGUGGAAGUUGUUAUCUUGAUCUUACACAAAAUUCUCAUAACUAAUUCACAAGGAUAUGUGUAGCAGUUCAAGGGGAGAAUUAGCAAUCAGAUCUUGGGAGUUGAAGGGUCAAAUUUAUAUGUACUGUGUAACCUUUUUCCACCCAUGGCAAUAUUGCUAAUAACUUUCUGCACUUGUAUUUUCUCAAUCAUGUAGAAAAGACAGUUUUUAGCUGCAUUGUCUUAUUUUGCAUUGGGAUUGGCAUUUAUUCUCCUUUGUGAGUUUGUAAAAGUUCAACUGUUGAGCAAGAAAUCCCUCUAAUGGCUAUUGUUACUGAAAAUCUGUGUUGACUCCUGAAUUUUUCUCUUCUCUAGAUGGCACUAUGUAAUGAACCGUUGGUGGAGCUUACUAAUUCAGGAGCUAGUGGUUCCCUGUUUUAUGUUACAAAUGAUGACGAAUUUAUUGUGAAAACUGUUCAACACAAGGAGGCAGAAUUUCUUCAGAAAUUGUUGCCUGGAUAUUAUUUAGUGAGUGGUUCCUACAGCAUGUAGGAAACCAAUGCAUGAACACUUGCUAACACAUUUAGAUAGAGUAAUAUUUAUGAAUUAUAUCCUACUUAAACUGCAAAACUGAACUAAGUAACACAACAAUAAAAAAGAGUUCAAGUCUUCAGCAAAAUCACUACAUUAGUCACUGUUGACCCUUGCUGCAUUCCAAAGGCUUCAAUGAAUUGCUGAGUGGGAGAAAGUCUUGUCAUGUAGGAUUCACAUUCACAAAUUUUAUAAUCAUUUUGUUUGAGUCCUCAAAACAGUUUUGGGCUUUGUUUUAAAAUUGGACUGCACACAGAUAAGCUUUACAGCACCUCAAAUUUUGGGAAAAAGUCUUUGGGAAGAAAUUGAAAGAAAUCACAAGUGGAGUCUUAAGAAAGUUGCUUUACUUUUUUGCUUCAUGAAAGGUGUAAUUGCAUUCAUAACAACAAGGAUCACCCCUUUUUAAGUGGUUUCCUUUGUGAAAAAAUAAAAAAGGUUGACAAACACCAAUCACAUAAAUUAGUAUCAUGUCUUCAUGUGAUGUUUGCUAAAUACAUGCUUUGUUGGAGAGGUGCAAUGGUGAUUCUUAACUGAAAUCACAUGGAAAGAGUAAUGCUGUUGAUUAUAAAUAUCUACACAUUUUGGUUAGGAAAUAUUCUGUGUGAUGUUCAUUAUAUCAGAAUCAAAGAAGCUCUAGUGCUUGCAUGGCUACAGGCACUUGAGACUCAAGUAAUUCCCACCAGUGACCAGGGAAGAGAGGGUGGGGGCACAUAAAACUUUUCCACACUUAGAUGUUAUAACUUUGUGUGCAUGAAUGAUGUCACUCAUAUUGAUAUUAUUGUUUCACUGUUGCACUGUCUUUUGUAUGCAUCCUAAUACUCAGUAAGUGAAAUUCAUUGGUUGACUAAUUUUUUUAUGUUCCUCAUAGAAUUUAAAUCAGAACAAAAGAACAUUGUUGCCAAAGUUUUUUGGCUUAUACUGUUAUCAGGUAACAUAAAAGCUUUGUUCAGAACUCUUGUUUCAAUUUCACAAAUGAUUUGACUGUUACUAACUGUUACUGUUGUUUUCAUUGUAGUGUGGGGGAAAGAAUAUCAGAUUAGUAAUAAUGAACAACCUCCUACCUCGAGGAUACAAAAUACAUUUUAAAUAUGACCUUAAGGUAAAUAUAUAAACUGGACAUGUUGAUUCCCUCUGCAAUAGCACUGGUUUGUAACUCAAGUUGAUAUCUAUAAGCAAAAGUGACCACCAGUUAUACUUUGUAUACAUAGUCAGUAACAAACAUUUCUUUGCCAUAAACUUUAACUGGUACCUACAUGUAUCAAUAGAAAGCCCUUUAUAGUGGUGUAUGUACAAUUUUCAAGAUAUGCCAUCCAUCCUUUCAACUAAUUCACAUAUACAUUGUUUUAAUAGGGCUCAACAUACAAAAGAAAAGCAUCAAAGGCAGAAAGAGCCAAAGAAACACCUACACUUAAAGACUUGGAUUUUUUGAAUGAUCACCCCGAGGUAACUGCUCUUUUUGACAAAACUCACUUUCAGUCCACUGAUUAUUCUUAUUGAUAUUAUUAUUAUUAUUAUUAUUAUUAAAUUAUUAUUAUCAUUAUCAUUAUCGCUGUUAUAGCUAUCCUCCUUUUUAUUCAUAAUGUUAUUAUUGUUUUAUUAUUAGUGGUAUUAUUAUUAUUAUGAUCAUCAUAAUCAUCACAACCGUUAAUGGACUAAAUGCAUGAAUUCCUUAAUUGUGCAUAAUAAAGAUUGUUAUUUGACCUUCCUCAAACUUAUUGCUUUGUUUCUAGGGCCUUUUUCUUGAACCAGAAACUUACAAUGCAGUAAUGAGGACAAUCCAACGAGAUUGUAGAGUAAGUUAUCAAUUCCUUUUAAUUAGUUCCUUUGCCACUUUUUUCCUAAUUAUAUCAUCGUAAUCACAAAUUCAGCUCAUUUUUUUUUCACAAAUGUGAUGUAGUAGUUGAGUAUAUAUGCUACCUUAUAGCGUUGUAAUGUACUUGUGUGUGUCUUCAUACUGGUAUUUAAUGGUCUAUAGCAUACAUUGAGAUUGACAGACAGGUCAGAACAACUGAUAAUUUUAUUUAAUUAUUAAAAGCCAAUGGAGUACCAGUGUUCAUGCUUUAACUGCUGACCAAUCGAUGUUAUUUAUUGUUUUGUGCAGGUAUUACAAAGCUUCAAAAUCAUGGAUUACAGUCUCCUUCUUGCCAUUCAUAAAGUAGAAGAGACUAGUACGAAUGUUGUGGCGAGAUAUAAAAGAUCAAACAGUGAACCUGCGACUGAUAAACCAACAACCAGAGUAGAGACUCCAUCAGGUCAUCUAUCUUCCCCCACUGAUGAUACAACCCUCAUGACAUCUGGCAAUGGACAGUGGGAAACAAGAGCACGUAGUCCUGGUAAAUAUUCCAUGCACUGUCGAUGCAUGGUGUGUUUUCAUCAGUCUCUCUCUAGACUGUACACUAAAUUAGUUAAUCAGUAUGUACAUGUAUUAUUUAGACGAUAAUUUGGACUUGUCGUUAAUAUCAAACAUUUAUUAGAUGUACUUGUAACAGUUCAUUAUCACUUAGAUGUACACCGUAAAAUCAUCUUAAUUCAGGUACUGUGCUCGUAGUAAAGCACUGAAAAUAUUUGUUUUUGGAAAAAAGAAGUGAUAAAAAUGAAGCUUGCUUCUCUUUUCAGAGAGCAGCAGCACAUCUCUGUCACGUACUCGAAGUUUAAAAGGAAGAGAAGGCUUCAGUUCAGCCUGGGAAGCAAUCACUGUAGGAGAUGAAACAGAAGAGAGACCGUGAGUACUUAGAAUCGUCCACCCUCUUAACACUGGAUACAGAUUAUGACAACUGCAGUACUAUUCCGGAUGGGACUUGAGUGACGAAGGUAACUCACUUUUAAUUCUAUUGUGCUUGUGUUUCAGGGUUGGUGGUAUUCCAGCUCGUAACGCCAAGGGAGAACGUUUGGUUCUAUUUCUUGGAAUCAUAGAUAUCCUACAAAGUUACAGGUAAGUUACUAAAAGACCCCACUUUUCAGGUUAUACCUGAUGCUUUUAAAAUUUUACAGUAAGAAAUUAAAUCUAUGCUCUUCUUUGCCAACAGAAUAGUAAAGAAACUAGAACACGGUUGGAAGGCUCUUCUUCAUGAUGGGGUAAGUUUUCCUGGCUUUUGUCAAACAGGUUUUGUCAAUUGUAAAUGGUAAUAAAUCAUAGUAUCUGAGCGUAUUUUUGUAUUUGCAGGACACAGUGUCAGUCCACAGACCAUCAUUUUACUGCACAAGAUUCCAAGAAUUUAUGUCCAACUUCGUGUUCAAGAAAUCAGCAGGUACAGUGUACACCUAAGAGUGGUAGGACGUGUGCUUUUUUAGAGAAUGUAUCCUUGCACAGCCUGCAGGUUAAGUCCUCGGCUGUAAUUCUCGAAAUUUUGCGUACUCUGGCUUUUACAGACGAUCCCACAGCAUCUUAAAUGUGCUGUCUGUUAAUAUUUCUUGUGUUUUAACGUGAAUCAUCUUAUUAACUUGCAGCUAAAGCGUCUCCACGGAAGCGUACCGCGGGAGGGUCCAUCCAUCGUGUUCGUUCCGUGUCAGAGAACGAUCGAACCAACCGAGAUAGAACGUUGACUAAUGAUAGUAGCACAUCCGAUAAGGGAAGAUCAAGAUCAUUUACAGAAGCUGAUAAACUUGUUGAGAAAACAAGUCUGAAAAAAACACCUAGUAGCGGAAAUGGCGGCCAAACGGCCGACGAAAGUACUACAGAUAAAAAAGUAAUCGUUGUUGGUAAGUUUUGGAAACACUCAAGUUUCUUAUAUUCAGAGAUAAGCUAUCAUUGCGUAAGCUAUGAUUAUUAAUCGGAGGGUAUAGAGAGAGUUUAAAAAACAGAUAAUGUUUCAAAGGGAACUCCUUCAUCGAGGUAUCUGUACUCUCUUACUCAGAAAACCACGAAAAAACCGAAUAUUCGGGAAACAUUUUUUUUUGGUUUCGUCAAUUAUGCCGGAGACGAGGACACACGAGCAAAACACGAUCUUAUAACCGUUGACUCUUCCAUUUUAAUUCUGUUUAGUGUGCAGGUAUGUGUGUGUGUGUGUCAAAGGGGGAGGGGUAGAAUAAGCCCGCUGUAUAUGAAGGCUAAGGAUCGUUGUUGUGCUAAACCGAAAGGGAAUAUUUUUACCUGCAAUGCUAACAUGUCUUCCUUUUAACAACAAAAAUUUCAUGAUAGGCUUCUGAACUGAAUUGGCUCUAUUUGUUAGAUCCUAAAGACGUCUUUCUAGAAGCAGAGGGACCGACUCACUCGGCUCAGGCCUCGACGGCCAGUCAAGAGACUGUAAGUAACCAACACAGUCCACACACCAGUGAUACCGCUGAACAGCCAACAUCGACAGCACCUAGUGAAAAACAUGAAACAGCGAGUGAUACCAAAGUGGAAGAAAAUCGAGUCGAAGAUAAUUCAAAAAUUUUACUUACCGAAAACAAUGUGGACGACACAAUAAAUGAAACGUAGGCAAAUCUUUCAUUGAAAUAAAUGAAAUAUAAUGAUAGAUUUCCGGGAGAAAAACUUUCUUACUUGACUUUUCUAUUAAUGAAUUUGAUGAAUUGUGCUUAAACGUUGUAUCAAUUUGCAAAUAUUAUUACGAUGUAUUUUUGGAACGCCAAAUCCGCGGAAUGUAUUUUAGCAGAAAGUUAGAGCUAAAUAAUAUGACGAUAUGCAAUGUAACAAAAAAAAAAUAAACAGUGACUAUGCAGGAACUGUUGUUAAAAGAAAGACAACACCUGAAGAAUGGUUAGACCUGGGUAGGUUUAGGAAUUGUCGUUAACAUUGAGGUUUUGUGAAAGAUGAUGUUAAAGUUAUUUCACUGAACGUGUGGGGUGUUGUGGGUCAUCGUUCGUUCUUCGUCACGGCAGAUAGAAGCUGUAGACUUUCGAUAGAUAUCUUGAUGUUACAGUUGAUGAAGAAAUUACUAGGAAAAAGAGAGAGGCAACAGGGUGCUGAAAGAAAUGUCGGCGAUAAAAAAAAGAGGAAUAGAACCGUAGGAAAAAAAAACAGCUAGGGAAAAAACCUUGGCAUUAAUUGUUAUUUUAAGAGCGUAUAAUUAACAGACUUCCUCUGGUACCCCGUUGGGUAAUAGAUUGACAUACUGCCAAUUGUCAAAGCCAUCCAAACUGUCUUCUAAAUAACUUGAAAAUAAGAUUAAUCAGUUUAGCCUUUAAAUUUUUGAGAGUGACGCUAAAGAUCUAAAACUUUUAAAUCGUCGAGUUUGGCGCAAACAUGAACUUAAAAAUCAGAAUUCUUUGCGGAAUACGAAGAUGUUAUUUGAGAUUUAGAUUAUUUGAGUAGAACAGAUUGGUGUCUGUUGUAAGCUGGCUGGUCCGUUGGUAUCGGUAUAAUCCAGCAAGCCACUAGUUUUGUCUAAAACAAAGCUGUAAGUCUCCUUUGAAUCUUUUCGUAGCUUAAACUUCUUAUCAAUAGUUGUAAAGUUCUAUGAACCUGAAACUUCUAACUGCAUGAACACAAUGCUUUAUGGCUCGUGUACAUUGUCUUUUUAACAACUUUCCGGCUCUGAUGUAACCGUUUUAUUUGCUCUUUAAUACCCUUUGAACGUUUUGUUUAAUAUUUAAAAUAUCUAACACUCCCUAAAUCUUCUAUAUCACUAAACUUGUUUGUAGAAGCUUAGAGAUAUUGGUCCAUAACUCCUGAGAGACGAAUCCUUUCGGUUUGUCCGCGAGUCUCUCGGAUACGAAUCGGGUCCUCUUGUCUCCCAUAUAGGUCGACUAAUCUAACGACUUUUGACGAUUUUAAUUUUUCUCUCUGUUGUAGUCUUUUUGCUGUUUUGUUCUAUUUUUUGGUUUUUUAACCCUUUAACUCCCAAAUCAAAUUUGUCAUUCUCCUUACUGUCAACCAUUUAAUUUUUAUAAUAUUAGUUCGGAGAAUUUAUGAUUGGAUCAACUAAUUAUCCCCAAAUUGAUAUUUUUCUUUAUUCUCAUCACUUAUCUAGUUGAUCUUGUAUUGAUAUUGUAAGGAGAAAUUCUGUUCUGGUCUCUCAUGGGAGUUAAAGGGUCAAAGGGGAACAAGGAAUUGUUUUCCUUGGAAAAAUAAUUGGGUUUUCUUUUUCAAGGAAGUCCUCGCGGUCUCAGCUACACUCAAUUUUCGCAAAUUUACGGGAGGGAGUAUGGAAAGGGGAAAGAAUUAGAAAAUUCACAUCUCUCAACUCUGUGUGUUGUGGAAUAAAAAAGCAUUAGAAUAUAAUUGGCAUUGGAAUAAUGUGAAAUUGUCAUUCUAGUAUCUUGUGUGUCUUCAAUCUUACAAUGAGUUCCUCAUGCCACCUCAUUCAAACAUGUUCAGUGUCAUUGCGUAGACAAUUAACUGGCGCUCUUUAUCCGGCAUACGAAACUGAGGCAUCUGUCAAAUUGAGGUAGAUGUCAGGUUAGUCGUUGCAACCUUACGCUCUCAAACCGAGAAGGUGAUGGGCAGCCCCUAAAGGAAGCAUUCGUAUCAACCCAACCAAAGCUGCCUUUUUGACUGAUAUUUUCCAACUUAGGCAAUAUUGAUUAACUUGCCAAUUUACAGAAAGCAAAUUUUAGGGUUAGUAUUAUUUGGCGACAGACUCAACCUACACCAACUGACCCAUGAACAAUUCUUUAAAGUGCAGGCCAACAAAGUAACGUGGCGGUUGGAAUGUACUCGGAAUGUUAAUAUUUGUUUAUUUGUUUGUGCAUGUUUUAACCAGUUUUACGUAUACUUUGUUUAGAAAGCGAUGAACCACUAAUUACUUAACUGCCAAAGGUUUGUUUAGUAAUGAACCCUUUUUUUGUUAUGUUGUUUGUUUAUUUUUGCUGAUUCUUUUCUUUCUUUAUUAUUCAUGCUAUUUUUUGUUUUCUUAGGGUUAAGCACUUAUUUUGUUUUGCUUAGCAGCUUUCUAUUCCGUUUAGUUUAGUUUAUUUUGUGCUCCCUUGAGAAAAAAUGAUGUUUUAUCGAUCCCAUUCCCCAACUCAGUAUUAGAACACUAGAAAUUACCUCCCUACAAAUAGUUCUUUGUAAGCUAAGUAGGGUUGAGAAGUUCAAAAUGACUCUCUGUAGGGCCAUGAUACCGAUCCCUCGUGUUCAGUGUGUGUGGUUGGCCGAUUUUGUUCAGUUUUAGAACCCAGUUAGGCCACUGCUUAAAUGGUGAAUGGCUGUUAUUUCCAGGGAAGCGCUGCAGCUCACAGCUGUCUUCGCCGGCAAGUCAGCUUCCAACUACCUGAAGAAGGAGACGUUAUAGAAGAGAAAUGACUCGGGCUCUCAUAAUCAGAGCACGGACCAUCUUGGCGGCGCUCCACCAGAACCGACCUGGUUGUGACACGUGAUUAAGACUUCUUCGAUUACUUAAGACUUUUUGUUGUUUCACAAGAACCUCAUUUUUUAAACUGACCAAAUUAAAACUUAAGUCUUUGUAUGCGCUUAACAAAAGAUGCAGUGUUCUUAAACCAAACUUAGGUUCAAAAUUAAAACCAACAUAUGUAGUUAUGAUUUCUUCAGUAACAUGACACAUUUCUUACAUGGUGUACGCUGGCUUGAACCUAUUUAAUGUUAGUUUGAUUGAUUUCCGGUUGUAUUCAGGGUAUUUUAUGCUCUAGGUACAGUUGAUCAAAAAAGUUGAAUGUGUCAGAAAGUGGUUAAAACUGGCACGGAUUACUGAUGCUUCAAGCUGUACUUUAUUAAAUAGUUAAAAUAUGGAGUAGUAUUGACGUUUGCCUAUUGGCCUUGGUUGCUAAUCUGUAACGUUACGGCGAUGGGUGUGUAUUAGCGGGUUGAAGGCGGAUUAGGAAAAAAAGGAAUGGAGCAGUAUUAACGUUUGUUUUAAAUUGUACCAAACUCAGAGAGCUUGCAGGUUAAAUUUCUCUUUGCCGUAAAGUUUGUUCUAUUCUAAUUUCAAAUGAGAUGCACUAGAUCAACGAUUUAGUUCCCAUUAUUAAAGAUAACGUCUAAAAAUAGCAGAUUGUAAGGAUUCAUAUUAAUUUGGUCCAAAGUAAGUCAUGGAAUAAACUCGCAGAAGCUUGUAUCUCUCCGUAUGAGGAUACAGUAGAUUAUUAUUAUCACUAUUAUUAUUAUUGUUAUUGUUAUCGUUAUUAUUUUUACUAACCUUACGGUAGGAAGCCCUCUCAUUAGCUAGCUACCACAUGUAAUAGUAUGUUCACUUUGGCCGGAUACAGAACUAAAUUUUCAUUGAUUGUUUUGAAGUCUAGUAGAGCUUGGGAAGUAGAGACCAGGUCAGAAUUAAUUAACAUUCCUCUAGACUUACAGAAUAUUUUUUAUACUUUUAACACUGAAGUGGUGAAGUAGACGUCGUGAAUUUGUAAAAUUUUACGAUUGUAUUCCCAUGGCAGAAAUAUAUGAGAAUAAAGAUAAAUUACUGA